UGCUUCGAUUUAAUUACAACAAAGAUUUAUUUUAAGACUUUCUUGGUCUUGAAAAUAUAUUCCUUUUUAGUUUGAAAAAGAGAAAAAAGUGAACACUGCGAUGUCGACUUUGCAAGAUAGCAAUUUCCUUAUGUAAUCAAUGUAAAAAAAACUUGCUGUCGCUUUGACAGUUCGGGCUACUCAUAAGUUCGAUGAAUUCGAUGUCAAAUUUGCAUGUUUACUGGAAUUCACAUUUGACACUUCGCAUGUCUAUUAAUUCUUUGAACACGUUUCAUUCCGAUUUCGUGAAAUAGAAAAUCUAUUGCAGCAUUCAUUCACAUUUUUCCGUAUUCUGCUGAAGAUUCCGGUCCAAAAUGGGUGAUUCAAUCGAAAAAGAAUGGCAAAAUGUCAAUAAAUUGGAACAAGGUAUCAAAUCCCUUGAACAAAACAUUCAAUCACUAUCCAAUGAUAGCCUUGAAUCCGAAGACGAUCCAGAGUUGAAUGAACUUAUUGCCGAAAAUACAAAACUCAAACAUCGUUUGGCUGUUUUGAAUAAGGCGAUUGCGAAUGAGCGUCAACAAUCUUCUAAACCACUUGAUUUGGACAGCAUUGAUGCACCCAUCUCAAUUAUCGAUCAUUUGACGAAAAUUUUCAAUGUGGCCAUUGCAACAGCUUUCCCAGAACUGCCAAGUCCACCGGAGGCUGCCGUCGUUGCUGGCGCAAAUGCCAAAUUCAAUGACUACCAGUGUAACAGUUCCAUGCAAUUGGCCGCUUUGCUGAAACCAAUUUAUGCAGCUAAAGGCGCCAAACCACCACCACCGCGCGAUAUUGCAUUGAAAAUCAUCGAAAACCUUCCUCAAACACCGCUCAUCGAACGAAUUGAUGUUAGCGGACCCGGUUUCAUUAACAUCUUUUUGAGCAAAGCCUAUCCAGAAAAGAUUCUCAAUUCGUUUUUGUUGAACGGUGUUCAACCACCGAAACAUCCAAAGAAGAGAGUUGUUGUUGAUUUUUCGUCGCCGAAUAUUGCCAAGCAAAUGCACGUUGGUCACUUGCGUUCAACAAUUAUCGGAGAGUCGAUCAGCCGAUUGUUGGAAUUCUUUGGCUAUGAUGUUUUGCGGUUGAAUCAUGUGGGUGAUUGGGGUACACAAUUCGGUAUGUUGAUUGCUCAUCUCGAGGAUAAAUUCCCGAACUUUGCCAAGGUGUCGCCACCAAUUUCGGAUCUUCAAUCAUUUUACAAAGAAUCUAAAGCUCGUUUCGAUUCGGAUGAAGAGUUCAAAAAACGUGCAUACAAUCGAGUGGUUAAGCUGCAAGGCGGUGAUCCAACCACGGUCAAAGCAUGGACAUUGAUUUGCGAUGUUUCACGUAAGGAAUUCCAAAAAGUGUACGAUCAAUUGGAUAUCACGCUCAUCGAACGCGGUGAAUCAUUUUAUCAAUCACGAAUGGAAAGCAUUGUCAAAGAAUUGACUGAUUCUGGUAUGCUUGAAGAUGAUGAUGGCCGUAAGAUUAUGUGGGGCGUUGUUGAUCACUCUGAAAAUGAUAUCCCAUUGACUGUCGUUAAGUCAGAUGGCGGUUUUACAUAUGACACCUCUGAUAUGGCCACCAUAAAAAAUCGGCUCGAAGAAGAGAAAGCCGAUUGGGUAAUUUAUGUCACAGAUGCUGGCCAAUCCACGCAUUUCAAAACGAUUUUCCAAUGUGCCGAGCGUGUGGGAAUCAUAAAACCAGGUGUUCAUCGCAUUGAUCAUGUCGGUUUCGGUGUCGUACUCGGCGAAGACGGAAAGAAAUUCAAGACACGAUCAGGCGAUACCGUAAAAUUGAGCGAAUUGCUUGAUGAGGGUUUGACUCGCGCAAUGGAUAAACUCAAAGAGAAGGAACGUGACAAGGUGUUGACACCAGAAGAAUUGAAACAAGCUCAAGAAUCUGUUGCAUUUGGUUGUGUCAAAUAUGCUGAUUUAUCGCACAAUCGCACCAAUGAAUACGUUUUCUCCUUCGAUCGUAUGCUUGAAGACAAAGGAAAUACAGCUGUUUAUUUAUUGUACGCAUUUGCUCGUAUAAAGUCGAUCGCACGAAACUGUGGCGGUGAAUAUGCCAACAAUAUCAAGGAAGUUGCUCGAAAGAACCCAAUCAAAUUGGAGCAUGAGAAAGAAUUCAAAUUGGCUAAAAUGUUGAUCAAAUUUCCCGACGUCAUGGAACGCGUUACAAAAGACCUUUGCUUGCAUUACUUGUGCGAAUUUGUCUACGAUGUGUGUACCACAUUCACCGAGUUCUACGAUUCGUGCUACUGCAUUGAGAAGAACAAAGCCGGUGAAAUUGUUAAAAUCAAUGCCAGUCGCGUUCUUUUGGCCGAAUGUACAGCUCAAUUGCUUGCAAAAUGUUUCUACAUUUUGGGCUUAAAACCAGUAUCGAAAAUCUAAAACAUCACACAUCCAAAUGAAAUGGAAAAUUAAAAUUAAAAUAAAAAAUUCGAAAUUUUGCAUAAAA